AUGUCACAAACGGAGGCGCACGUGGUUUCCGCAAAUGCGGUGGACGCGGCGGACGCGGCGGACGCGGCGGUCGCCGAGGAAAUGGCGGCAAAACUGCGACCGGUUCGACCAGCUCGGACGGGAACAACAGCAACAACGGAGGCGGAACCUCCGGAGGAGCCCGCGCGGGAAAUGAGCAGGGCGCACGCGGGAAUGAUCGCGGAAGCCAAGCCCCUGGGGGGAAAGGUGCGGGAAUGCACAAAGGACGUUGCCGGUACUGUCAUAACUCCACCGAGCAUGGGUGGCNCGCUGCCGGAGGAUCACGCCGCUGGAGUCGAGCAGGACUCCACCACGCAGGCAAAGUUCACGCGGGUGGAGGUGGCCGGCGAUGAACUUGAAGGAUUCGCCAUCGCUUUCGGUGAUGACGCCCAGGAGUUGAAGGCGCCUGCUGCGGCGCUGCCAGAGGAGCGCGCUGUUGACGAGGACCCGGUUCAGGAUACGCCCGUGGCACGGCCGGAUCGUCUCUUCAUCUACGACCCGCAGGCACUGCAGGUGCCUGCUGCGGCGCUGCCAGAGGAUCACGCCGCUGGAGUCGAGCAGGUGCACAAUGCGCCUGUGACGGCGCUGCCGGAUGGCCUCGUCGUCUGCGACCCGCAGGCACUGCAGGUGCCUGCUGCGGCGCUGCCCGAGGAGCGCGCUGCUGAUGAGGACCCGGUACCACCAGCGGAGGGUGUGGCUGGAGAUGGACGAGCGGAACGCCCGGAUGGAUCUGCGGAGCUGCCAGCGGAGGGUGCGACUGGAGAUGGACCAGCGGAGCGCCCGGCUGGAGAUCAGCAAACCGAGGAUGCGUAUGAGACUACCGAGUUGGUAAGGUACACCAGCGUGUUUCAGGUGGAAAAGGGGGAGUCGGAGGCUGUUGGUGAUACGACAUUGUACAUAGAUUCAGGGGCGUCGAGCCACAUGGUGGACGCUCAAUCUCGCAUGUCCAAACACGUUCUGAAUCCAGUGGACUGCGCCGUUCGUAUCAUCGGGUCGUGUGGCACGUCUAGCGCUACCAAGAACGGUACCCUGAAGUUCGGGAUUCGCAAUGCUCACGACGAAGCGGUAAAAGUGGCGUUGGACGUUCUGCUGGUUCGAGACCUAGGAGCGAACAUCUUGUCGGUCGGAGCGUUGGCUGAAAAGGGGGUGAAGUGUGAUCUCAUGUCUACCCCUCCGGCGCUCCGCCGCGGCGACCAGACUUUUCCCGUUUCAACCGCUGUGCCUCGAAUGUACGUGAUGAACGUCAUCGUCGACGACCUCAACCUGGACGAUGUAGACGUGUAUCACACCAAGGUUGACGCUCACCUGUGGCAUCGGAGGAUGGGCCACUGCGAUCCUCGUGCGCUGCAGCAGCUGGCUGACAAGGGUUCCACCGGUAUAAGCUUCCAUCGAAAUAUUGAAUCAGGUGACUGCAGUGUAUGUGAAGUUGGGGACAGCAAGAAAAGCAGCCACCCGCUGUCCAAUCGCCCCCGCUCUGAGACUCGGCUUGAGAUUGUAAGCGCCGAUGUGUGGGAGAAGCACUCUGUUAAAUCGUACGGGGGUUGCCAGAGCGCCGUGAUGUUUACUGACGUCGCUUCGCGCUUGAGGUUCGGCUUCCCCAUCAAGACGAAAGACGAAACGGCGGAGGCCGUCCAAUCGCUUAUCCAUGACGUUGCCGAUCCGCUUGGGCAAAGCAUCGGUACAGUGCACUGCGAUGGCAGAGCAUUGUUCAAGGGCAGGUUCUUGGAGCUGUGCAAGUCGGUUGGAAUUACGGUCAACAACAGCCCCCCCUACGUUACCCAAGGGGAUGCCAUCGCGGAGCGUGGGUUUGGUAUAAUCAUCGGCACUACGCGCAAGAUGCUCCUGGGGGCGCCGCACCUUCCCGGCGAGUUGUGGGCUGAGGCUUUUCGGACCGCCAUUUAUCUCAAAAAUCGCACACCGACUGACGUCCUGGGCGGUAAGCCCCCACUCGAGGUAUGGGAGAGUAAACCGCUCGGGAAAAUGUUACACAUCCACGAAUGGGGUUUGCUGGCGUAUAAGCACGAGGAGACGCGCUUCCGGUCGAGCAUGCUAGCGGUCAGGGCCAAGAAAAUGUACCUGGUCGGCUAUAUAAUCCGGAGAGUAGGUCGUACAGGCUGUGGGACCCAGCGGAGUCUUUCAAAAUCACCAACUCUGCCGAGGCUGUGGGACCCAGCGGAGUCUUUCAAAAUCACCAACUCUGCCGAGGUAUCAUUCCGCGAGAAAGAAAUGCGUGACGUGGUCAAACCCAAGGUAGGGCACGACCCGUUUCCUGCGCCUAAUGUGUCUGUUUAUCAGCCUGGCGCGGUAGAAUCUGGAGAAAGUGAAGAUGAAGACACAACCCCCACAGGGCCGCCGCCAGUGGCUCCGGGACCUCGUCGGAGCGACAGGACCUCCGUGGCGCCGCAGCGGCUGAACCUGUUUACGACGGAGGAGGAUGCGUACGAGAGAAUCGAGCAUGCCCUGGUGACGGGUAGCGACGUCGGCAACAUCGGGAGUGGACGUCCCGGUGAAGUGGGUUACAUGCCUGCCGACCCCGCCAACUACGAUGAAGCGGUGAGUGGACCGGACGCCGAACGCUGGAGGGCAAGCAUGGGCGAUGAAGAACAAUCGCUCUACGACCAUGACGUUUUCGACUGGGUUGACGUGCCCGAGGGAGAACAACUGAUUCCGUCCAAGUUGCUAUUCAGGUGGAAGUACAAUGAAGACAACAUUCCGGUCCACCCGAAGACUCGUGUCGUGGUGCAAGGGUUUCACGAGGCUGAUACGGGGGUGGACAAGGCCGCACCUGUGGCAAGCAUGGAAUCUGUGCGCCUGGUAGUGUCUCCCGCGGCGUACUACGGUCUUGUUCUCAAGCAAGCUGACAUCAAGACUGCGUUCCUUAACUCCAGAAUGCCCCAGGGUGCGAAGCCCGUCUACGUGAUUCCACCGAAGGGUUUCAGGUGCACGCCGGAGCAAGCCAAACAAAUGAAGGAACGGUUUGAAACGGUGGACCUAGGAAAUGCGAAGUUCAUCCUGGGAAUGGCCAUCCGCCGCAACCGCGACGCGGGCACUAUUCUCUUGACGCAGGAGGCAUACACCAAGGCCAUACUUGCCAAGUUCGGCAUGGUCGACUUGCACCCGACGAAGACGCCGGCGGAGGUUGGACCGAUGAGCACAGUGGAGGAAGAGUCUCUGACGCCGGAUGAAACUACAAUGUUCCGGUCUGCCACGGGUUCGGCUCUAUACAUAUGUAGGGGAUCGAGGCCGGACAUUUCCCACACGAUACUGGUGCUUACCAAGAGCAUGGCUAAGCCCGGGCCUAAGGCGUGGGCUAAGCNGUCUCUGACGCCGGAUGAAACUACAAUGUUCCGGUCUGCCACGGGUUCGGCUCUAUACAUAUGUAGGGGAUCGAGGCCGGACAUUUCCCACACGAUACUGGUGCUUACCAAGAGCAUGGCUAAGCCCGGGCCUAAGGCGUGGGCUAAGCUGAAGCGACUGAUGUGGUACCUGAAGGGAACCGCAUCACUGGGGAUAACAUACAGCGAGGACGCAUCGAACGGAGGCAAACUAACCGCUUACGUUGAUUCCGACUUUGCAGGCGACAUAGAAGACAGGAAAUCGACAAUUGGGGUUAUUAUUGAUCUCGCAGGUGGCGUGGUAGACUCGACGGCUACGAAGCAAACGGUGGCGGCUGUCUCGUCGGCUGAGGUGGAGAAUGUUGCAAUGUCCAAGGCCUGCAAGAUGAUCCUCUACUGGCGCCACCUACUCAAGACUAUCGACCGGGAGCAGAAGGAAGCAACAAUAUUGUACGAAGAUAGUACUGGUGCCAUUCCAACUAGCAAGUCCAACAAGUCGACUCAACGCAACAAACACAUCGAUGUCAAGUACCAUCACGUUCGUUUCUAA